CCCAAGCCGCCAUUUCGGAUCCGACUAUCCUACUCCAAUCGCCAUCGGGUGACCGAAAGACGCCGACUUGUUUCUCCCCAAUGAAUAUCUGACCAAUAUGUCCAACCUAUCCUCCAGCAAAGGCCCCGGCCAGGAGCAAUCGGGGCUACGGCUCCCCUCCAGCGGCAAGACAAUUUACCAUCGGCCACUGAACCGCACUAGGACCGCGGAACUCAGCCAGGCCAGCUUCGCCUACCUCUUCGGCGAGAUGGUCAGCUACGCGCAACGCCGCGUCAAAGGAGUCAACGAGCUAGAACAACGCCUCAACGCACAAGGCCACCCGCUAGGCCUCAAACUCCUCGACCUCCUCCUGUUCCGCGAACCACCCCGCUCGCAGCUCCGCCCGCUGACCAUCAUCGCCCUCCUGCACUUCAUCAAGCAGAUGCUCUGGACGCACCUCUUCGGCCGACAGGCGGACCGGCUCGAGAAGAGCGCCAACCCGGAGACGCCGGACGAGUACAUGAUCGUCGACAACGAGCCGCUCGUGAACCAGUACAUCAGCGUGCCGCGCGAGAUGUCGCAGCUCAACUGCGCCGCGUUCGUGGCCGGCAUCGUCGAGGGCGCGUGCGACGGCGCCGGCUUCCCCGCGCGCGUCAGCGCCCAUACUAUCCGGUCGCCGACGAAUGAGGAAGCGGAUCUGUGGCCGGGGCGGACUGUGUUCCUUGUCAAGUUCCGCCCUGAGGUGCUGGAGCGGGAGAAGUAUGUUAAGCAGUGAUACACACAAGUCGCAAGGUUGAUACAAGGGAUUUUUCGGUGUUGGUUUGCUUUUUGGUCUCUUGAAUCUUUCGGGCAUGCAUGGCGUUUUUGGGGCGGGACUUUUCGUAGAUAUGGUUGUCGUUGUGGCAUGGGACUGUAUUCACCACCCAGACAGACAAGAGUUCUCUUCUGCGACCGUUUGAUUCUUGGUGGUGGGCGAGGAGCUGGGCACCAUACUGGCGCUUAGAGUAGCAUUCAACUUGGCCACCGUAGUCUUUUAUUUUUUAUUUUUUUUAAUAUAUAUAUUUUCGCGCGUGGUGCAUAC